CAGAUGCGUGCUUGGAAGUAGGUGUGCCUCUGGGUGGCUGGUCGUCAGGUGUGGCAUGCUGUCCGAAUUGCAGGCACCAAUUGCGAGUAUCACUCGCGCCGGCGUCGGGCAAGUGUCACGCUUUGCCGUCGCCGCACACGCCGCCUUUCACCGUCCCCCCAACGUAUUGGCCACAUUCGCCUUUGUACGCGCCGCCAUCACCGAUCGUUCCGGCGCCUUACAAUGAUGAACUGAAGCGGCUUGCUGAUACCCUCAGUGCGCUUAGGCUCUCUGGGUGGUACUACGAUACUUUGAAUUGGCAGGGAGCGAGAACAUUGUUAAAAGACGCCAGUGUCGGAGCUUUUGUCGUGAGAGACUCUGGAGAUAGAAACUUUAUAUUCUCACUAUCGGUGCAAACGGAAAGGGGCCCUACAUCCGUGAGGCUUCACUACGAACAAGGAUUCUUCAGGUUAGAUUGUGACAGACCGUUGGCUAGGUACAUGCCCCGGUUCAGAUGCGUGGUGGAAAUGGUGCAGCAGUACAGACGGGCGGGACAACGCGGUGCGGCCGGUACGGUGUGGGUGGACCGCGAGGGGUGUCCGCAUUCGCCGGUGUUACUCACCCAUCCACUAAGGAAGAGCCCCCCAUCUCUCAUGCACGCGGCCCGUCUCGCUGUACACAAAGCCCUCGACUCCAACCCCCUCACUCCCAAGCUCUGGUGCGCUCCUAAACACAGGCUCCUCCCUCUCCCCUCCACUCUAAUAGACUACCUAGGCGAAUAUCCGUACUCGAUCU